AUGUCAAAGGCAAAAUUACGAACGACAAUAGAGGGGAGCCGUAUCAAAAAGGAUAAAUUUGUUCUUCCAAAUGAUAUCCUUUUCAACAUCCUUGUUAAGGUAUACACUGCAUCUUUGUUACGUUUUAAAUGUGUUUCUAAAUCAUGGAAUGCUAUGAUUUCCGACAAUGUUAAAUUCACAAAAGCUCACCGUGAUCAAUCCAAAGUGCUAGGGCGUGAAAAACUCUUGUUACAAAAAAGUACUGGCGAGUUUGAAUUUAUAUAUUUUAACAAUCUUAAUAAAGUUAUCACUGAAAAGAAACAAUUUCCUCUAAAAGAAUUCCAAGGUGCACAUGUCUUGUGCUCAUAUGAUGGCUUGGUACUAUUGAAGAAACCUAAGGCUUACAAGAGAUUUGUUUUGUGGAAUCCAUCAUCGAGACAACACCACAUUCUUGAGUGUUCAUAUAUGAAACCUCGUGAAUAUACACUUCCUCGUGCUUGUGGGUUGUGCUAUGAUUCUACCACUGAUGAUUAUAAGGUUAUAUUGAUUUAUAGCUUAUUUUAUGUUGUGUACUCUACAAGUAGGGAUUCUUGGACAAAGAAACCAACUCUGCCUGUAUUACAACAACGUCUCCCUGAACUUGAAUUAGUAUCUAAUUCAAGGAGAAACGUGUGCAGUCAAGGAAUUGGCACUAAAAAUCAUGUAUAUUGGUCUUUGAAUCAGAAACUUGACCAUUAUGUACGUAAAACUUCUACAAUUAUAUACUUUAGUGCAAAGUCGGAUGAAUUGAAGGAGUCUCCGAUACAAAUUUCUACCAAUGAAUAUGAGUACUUGUUUCAUUUGUCUACUUUGAAAGGUCGCCUUUGUGCAUAUGGCGGCAAUUGUGAUUUCAAUGGAUUGAACAUCUGGAUCAUGAAACAAGAAUGUUGGAAAUGGUUAAUGAGAAUUCGCAACAUACCAACUUUUGAUUGCGAGGGUUUUCUCAAUAAUUAUAAGCUUUUGUGCACCACAGAGAAUUGUGAAGUUAUAUUUCAUGGACCAGAGCGUCACAGUUUUUCCAUCUAUUAUCCUAAACAACGACAAUUUGUGAGGACAACUUAUAUAUCAAAUCAUCUCGAGUAUGUGUUUUGUCCAGUGGAUCCAACAUGUUUGGAUAGCUUAUAUUUUCCUAGAUUUAAUGUCAUGCGCAAGAGGAAGCGACGCAGUACUCCAUCGGAAUGA